AUGGCAGACCCACCGACAGAUCUAGUCCCCGUCUACGUCAGCCGGUGCAUGGAUCGUUCUCACCAUACAGUGCCUCCCCCGCAUCUGCACCGCGAGCGGAUUUCGGCGAAGACAAUGACCUUGACGAUGUCAGAUCUUCCCAGCCUACACAAUGAGACAUUGGAAGAUGAUUUGAACGGGGAAUCAGAAGGAGACAGGGCCAGUGUGAGCGCUGAUGAAGAGAUGUCAGAUUUGAACGAAGAAUUAGAAGGAGACAUGGCCAGUGUGGCCGCUGAUGAAGAGAUGUUAGACUUAGACGAAGAAUCAGAAAGAGACUGGGCCAGUGUGAGUGCUGAUGAAGAGUUGUCACUAAGUGAGCCCGGGCUUGACUUUGACGACUACGAGUCUGAUUGGUUUAUUUUACGGACGAAGCUAUAG